UGAAACUUUUCCUCAAUUUAUUUAUAUUGAAAAUUUUUUCUCUAAUACAGAAAGCUUCGAAAAUUUCGCUUAAUUUCUUAAUAAUGUCAUUCCGGCGCUCAAUUCAUGUCAAUGAUGAUGAUGAUAAUAAUGGCAAGAAAAACAAUCUAAUGUUACUCGUAUUUGUAAGCUUUUUUCUUCUUAAUUUUUUAUUUUAAAAAGUUCUAAUUCACCAAACUUCAACAAACGGUAGCCAUUUUAUUUUGGUGUAUUACGUCAUCACAGCGCGAAAUUCAAAUCGAAUUUUCGGAGAAUAUUUUUCUUCUCAUGAAAAUUGCUAGUCGAACCUUCGUUAUAAUUGUCUUAUUUCCGAUGACAUAUUAUAUAUAUUAUAUUAUUGUCUUAUAUUCGAAUCAUUACGUGAGAAGAAAGGAAAAAUUCAAAAUUAGAAAAACGAUUGAUAAAUCAUUGUAGAUACUCAUACGUUUGGAAAAAGAUUAUGAUCAAAAGAGAAGAAUUCUUAUUUACGAAAGUGAAUAAAUAAAUAACAUACACAAUUAUAGACACUUUAAGAUAUUUUACUGAUUUGGUGUAAAAUAUAAUUGUCAAAAUUUUUAUCAAAGGAGAAAUUAACAAUUUAUUAUAUCAUUAUAGAUUCGUCUAACCUUAUGCAUUUAUGAAUCUAACUUUUGCUUUUGCAAAUUUUUAUUUACAAAUGUAAGAUCCAGUUGGCAGGUAUGUGCAAAAAAUAUAAUAUAUCAGGUCUUUAGAUUUAGUUUUGUUUGGUAAAAAAACAUUUGAACGUUAUAUAUAAAUUACAAAUAAGAUAUAACUCAAUCUCUCUAAACACUACUUUCCGUAAAAAAUUCACAAGAAAAAUAUAAAACUAUGAGUAAGUUAUAUUAAUAAGUUACUACAUAUAUGUAAAUAUAAAAAUUAUUUCUAACAUAAUUAUCAUUUAUAUUUUAAAUCACACGAGAUUCUAUACAAGAAAAAAUUCCAACACAAACGGAAGUUGGUCUUCACCUUGGUUUACCAUUAGCAAAAACACUAUUUGCUUAUGAUCAUCAAGAAACCAAAAAAUUGUUAGGAUUAAUACCACCACUAAAGCAAGUAUCCGGAGAUCUCUGGAUUUCACCGUGUGCACAAAUAAGCAAAAAAGUUUUAAGCUUACCAGAAAAUAAUAAUAUAAUUAAAGAAUGCACACAUUUAGGAAUACUUGGUAAUAGUAUUGUGUUACAUAUCGGCGUUAUUAAAAUGAACAAUCUUUGUGUAAAAUAUAUAAUUAGCCUUAGGGCAAGAUCUGUUAAAUAAAUUCAAAGCAGAAAUUAAAGCAAAUAUAAAGAAGGAAUUUAAAAAACAGUUAAUCGAUCAAAAAUAUUUAUGCGAAGCUGAAAAACGUCAAGCAAUUAAAAUCAAUACAGAAGAAAUCCACAUGAUGUGGCAAAAAUAUAUUAAUACCAUAGAGUGUGAUAUGCAGAAAGAAUUACAGAUUGAACUUACGAAAGUUAUUAUUAAAUGCAAUAAAGAGAUACAGAAAGCAGUGGUACAACAACGUAUAAAUAUGACACAACAUAUGUUAAGAAAAAUACGUAAUGAAAUGUCUUAUAUGGUAACAGAUCUUUAUGAAGAAUUUGAGCAAACUCGCAGAUCACAUAUAGAAAAUAUAAUAGCAGAUGUUAAUGAGAUUUUAAGGAAGGAACAUAUGAAAAACAAUAGAAAAAUAGAAAAAUUGAAAAAGGAAAAAAUGGAAUCAUUAUAUGUUCAAAAAGUAAAACUUGAGACAAAAAAUAUAGCUAAUGUUAUGUACAUGCUUUGCCUUGAAAGAUUACAUUCUAAUCUAGAAAAACAAAAAAUACAAAAUAAUUUCCAGAACAAAUUCAGUAAUUUGGAAAACAUUAUUUUGGAUUUAAAGAAAAUGUUAAAUACGGCCGAAGAAACUGUUAAAAGAUAUCAAAGCAAUAAUGAAUUGUUAAAAGAGAAAUUUGAUAAGAUUAACCAAGAAUUUCAUAAGUUUGUCACUUUUGUAUUUAAUACCGUACCAAAGCAGGCUGAGUUUGUAUUACCUUCAGAAUCUAUUUAUUCGCAACAAAUGAAUCAGACUUUAAAUGAAAAAUUAGAUAAAUAUAAUACAAUUUGUCAGAAUCUAUUGUUAGAAAAACAAAAUUGA